UUGAGCUAUGGAGGAAUUGCCGCGCUCGGCGCGGGCGACGCGAGGGAAGAGGCUCACGAAGCUGCUGGAUGAUGAGGUUGAGGCGGAUAACUCGUUUUGGGGCCAGGAAGCGUUCAAGGAGGAAAACAAUGAUAAGGAAUAUCAGGAAGAGGCAGAAGAGGUUGAUGAAUUCGACAGUGACUUUGAUCAAGACGAGGGACCUGAAUCCGAAAACGAAGUUAAAGAAGAAAAAGAGGUUGUCAAAAAGAAGAGAAAGUUUCCCUACAAGAAGCCCGGGGCGGACAAGAAGAAAAAGAGCGUCAGCUUUCUACUGAAAAACGUUGCACGCACAGACAAGCCGAAGCCAAAGAAAAAGGCACCGCCCCGGCCGAGUGAUCAGGAGGAUGGCGAUGGAGAAAGCGAGAGGAUCAUCAGAAAAUCCACGAGAGUGUCCGUUGUGGCGAGGCAAGCUGAGAGAGCCGCCAAAGCAGCUUUGCAAACCACACCCAAGCCAGUGAAGAGAAAACGGGAAGAAGAGAAGAAGAUGUCUCAGGAAGACAUGCUUCUCGAGGCAGCUCAAACAGAGGUUAUCAAUUUACAGUCUCUGGAACGCAUGCUCGCUCGAGAAGAAGAGGUUAAGAAGAAGGCAAUCAUACAGAAAACGGUGUACAAUGGUCCUCAAGUCAGAUUCAUUUCCAAAGGCGGAUACAAUAUAUUGGAGUUCACCAAAGUGAGCACGCUUCCUAGCGCCAUUAACUCCAAAGCAAAGCCGUAUCCCGAGAAAGCUUUAUGCGUUGUAACAGGCCAGCCAGCCAGGUACAAAGAUCCCAAGACAGGCCAGCCGUAUGCCACGAAGGAAGCGUUCAAGAUACUCCGCGAGAGGUUCUCGAGAAGCGGCGACAAAUCCUCGUCCACGCGGAGAGACAGCUUGGAAGAAAUCCACCAGAGGAAGCGGACGAAAGUCGAGACGGAGAGAGCUCCUAGUAGCCGCGCGGGCGUCGUCAAGCUCAAGUUUAAGAAAUCCCCCAGUGGCAGCAUCGUGUCAUCGUCAUCGCCGCAAGCUCUCAAUCACCAGCCUCGAAUCGUGGUCCCGGUUCUGCAACCCCCGCCGCCACCCAUCGACUUCCACCAAGUGAUCGACGAGGCCGACUUCAUGCUCGAGGGACUGGACGAUCUCAAGCCCGACUAUAAGAUCGAGGACAGCAUCCUGUACGAGACCAACGAGAAGCUCGAGGCCCAGUUCACGUCCGGCUUUCCCUGGCACCACUGAAAGUAGCCGAGAACUUGGAAGAGCUCUGGAAGCUAUAGCCGCUCGGAGGACUUGGAAGAGCUCUGGAAGCUAUAGCCGCUCGGAGAACUUAGAAGAGCUCUGGAAGCUAUACAACAAGAACAAAAAAGAAAAGAUCACUGUAACAGCGAGAGGGAGAGAAAUGUAAAUUUUAAAACCUGGCCUGCU